AUGUUCAUCUUAACUUAUAUGAUUCUGUUAGCUUUGGCCCUUGUGGCCGCCUUACUUUCCUGGUUAUACCCUGGAACCAAAACAGCCCGGUUUUGGAUGUCACAGCCCGUUGUUGGAGUCAUACGUUCGCAACGGUUCGCUUGGUUGCGAGCAACGCUGCGCUCACUUACGCAAACUCAAGUCUGGGUGUUUGAAGGGUAUGAGCAGUACUCGACACAGAACACGCCUUUCACUAUUCCGAGCUUGGAUCGUGGUCCACAGGUCAUCGUACCUCCACGACAGAUUGCAAAGGUUUACAGUCUUCCUGAGACUAUCUUAGACGUGGACGACACACAAGACCAGACACUCCAGAUAAAAUGGACUGUGUGGGAUAAAGUCGUCUCGAAAGAGAGGCUUCAUGUCCAUGUGGUACGUAAUCAGCUGAAUCGCAACCUCACGAACAUCACCGAGGCUAUAGCAGAUGAGAUUGAUUUUGGUUUCAAUCGAAUGUGGGGGACUGAUCCAGACUGGAGAGGGGUGAAGAUUUGGGAUACCUGCCUUCGCAUUGUCGCGGGUGCCGCAAACGGUGCCUUUUGUGGGCAGCCACUAUGUCGCGAUCCCGUAUUUCUUGACUCCCUCAGAGAUCAUGCUAUGAGUGUCUUCUCCGGUGCAUUACUGAUUAGCUGCACUCCUUGGCCACUAAAGAGUCUAUCUGGUGGUAUAGCUGCAGCAAUGUGCAAAUAUCAGUUGAAGAGAGCUCUGAAGAUCUGCCUACCAUUUGUCAAGGAUAGACUUCAAAAAACUGCCCAGUCAAAAGCCGAUAGUGCCUACGACUGGACACCCCCUAACGACGGUCUACAGUGGAUCAUCGAGGAAUGUUAUUCUAGUCAAAAUCCAGCUGCCCAACUUGACCCUAAAAGAGUGUGUCAUCGCAUAGUUCCGAUUAAUGAUGUGUCAUUACACACAUCAAGUUUCACGCUGCAAAACUUGAUCUUGGAUCUCAUGAGUACCGAUCCUUCUCUUGGUUACGUUGAAACCUUGCGCAAAGAGUGCGCAGCCGCGCUGAGAAAAGCAAAUGGAGUUUGGACGCGGGAUGCUGUGAGUAGUCUGAAACUUGUAGAUUCUGCCAUAAGAGAAUCCAUGAGAAUCUCCACCGUUGGAACAAUCAUGCUACCCAGAAAGGUGGUUCAUCCAAACGGCGUUAUGCUUGAAAAUUGCCAAGAUCCAAUACCUCCAGGAGUUGACAUAGGGAUUCCUAUCCAACCUAUCCACCUUGACGAAGCCAUCUAUCCUGAUGCCAAAUCUUACCAUCCGUUCCGAUUUGCCCAGCCAGACGAAGUGCGAAGGAUUCAGGAGAGUUUUACGCCUGACAUUGAAUCUGCAGAGAGCCAAACGACUCGACAUCUUAGUCAGGAGGGUAAGCAAACACAAGCCGCAACUCUUGACAACACUUUCUUCGGCUUUGGUGUAGGUCGACAUGCUUGUCCUGGCCGAUUCUUUGCUCUGAUCGAGAUGAAGCUGUUUGUAGCUUACUUUCUACUGAAUUACGAACUCCAGCAUUUCAAAACUAGGCCCCAACCUGCGAAGAUACUGUGGUUGAACUACCCGUCAGACGCAACCAUUAAUGUGAGGAGGGUUCCAGCAUUUGUGUAA